CUCAACGAUUAGAAAGAUCGCACGGAUUAAUAUUCUCAUCAAGAUGAAUUGUUUGGUUCUGUUCAACGGAAGCCCUCUGUUUCUACCAAAAAUGUUGAUGGGACCCUCCUUCUGAACUCGAAUGGAUUUUGCUUCGCUCAUUAUAUAGGCCGUCAGUUAACUAGCAUGAAUGGAAUUGCGAAUUCUAUGGCGCUGUGCUGUCAAGUUUUUAUUUUGCUCUUUCAGUGGCUCAGUCAAUCCGAACGGUAGUACAAAUCGGUUUGCCAAUUUGAAUUGUAUACUUAUUAGUUCCAAGGGGAAAAGGGAAGGGGCCUUACCCGAGUGGGCAACGUACACGGGCUUGUUUUGCUUCGCUAUAUACAAUCUGCUUACAUGUUCUUUCUUCCUAAAAGAAUAUAACGUGAAGCUUUCACAAUGGCGGGACCUUAUGCAAGUUCGGGCUGGUCGGACCUCCCCAUCGACCUCCUCAUCCGGAUACUGCAUCUCCUCGAGCUCCCCGAGGCCCUCGCCUUCGGCGCUGUCUGCUCGUCAUGGCGUUCUGCAUCUGUGGCCGCCGGCUGUGUCCCAUAUCGCCAGACGCCCUGGCUCGUGUCCUUGGCGGACGAGCCUCUUCCGGUAGGGGAUCAACAGCUGCGUGUGCGUCGUGGGCUAUGGGAUCCUGCUGCUACCACUGAGCACCGGAGCCUACUGGAUCCUGAUAGAACUUUUCAGGUCAGCUUUCCCGGGGGCCAAGCCGUGGCCUGCUGCGGCGCCUCCCAUGGCUGGUUAAUCAUGGCGAACGAGCUCUCGGAUCUCGUCCUAUAUAACCCCUUCACCGCGGCGUUGAUCCCGCUCCCGCCAAUCACUGGGUUUGCAUCUUGCAUCGAGGGGGUUUAUGAAGACGGAGGGAAAAUCGUGGGCUAUCGUUACAGGUGUUACAUGAUGGAACACGUUCAUGGUGUGCAGUCUCCCGGCGCGUGUUUCUACGACAAGGUUGUGCUGUCCGGUCCUCCGUCCACUUGUCGCGCUGUCGCUCUGGUCAUCCACCUGGACGGCAAGCGCCUCUCUUUCGCAAGGAUAGGAGACAGCUAUUGGCAACAAGUUUCGGUGAUCCAAAGAAGCGGGGACAGCUUUGCCGAUUGUAUCUACCACCGCGGAAGGUUCUAUGCGGUGACAAUGGAAGGAAUAUUGAAGUCAUGGGACUUUGGUGGACCAGACAAACCGAGGAAGAAGACGGUCAUCGCCGAGGAUGACAACGACAUGUUCGACGACCCAGUUAUCACUAGGUAUUUGCUUUCGACACCUUGGGGUCAUCUCCUGCAGGUGCGUGUCUUUCUUGACACGCUCCGUGGAAACAACAUCAGGAUUGAAAUAGACAGGUUGGACCUCAAGAGUCAGACAAGGGUUGCACUGAGCUCAGGGAAGGCUCUGCGGGGACAUGCGGCCUUCGUCGGCCAGAAUAGCCCAGGCAUUUUAUCAACCAAAAAAUUCCCCGAACUAAAACCGGAUUGUAUCUAUUUCACAACUCCACGCCUCAGAAAGCGCCGCCCUUUCGAGAAUCGCCAUAACCAAUGGAGCGGCGUGAAGGUCUAUGACCUGAAAAGACGGACGCUCGAGGCGGCUUUCCCAUCUGGUGGAGGUCAUUACGGAACCAUCUGCCCAUUGGAAGUCUGGUUCACGCCGAGUCUAGUCUGAUCUAGCCAUGCUGUAACUUGGUGGAAAUCUGCCUCGAGUUGAUGGGAGUUCCCUUUCAUAAAGUGAAUCAUCUGUCUCCCGGAUAAUUUCUCAUGUUUCUCUUUUGGCUGUUUUCGUGUGUUAGCAUGGAAGAAGGUUGCCAGAAACAGACCUACACCGUUGCUUAGCUUUUGGUGUUGGUUUGUUAUAUAGUGUAUAUGUGUUUGAUUGUUUCAGAGUAAAGCGUUGCAAGACGUGCAAAAUGUGAGUUCUGUGUAGCUCAGGCUCAGAAGAUCAGUGAGUUGUGUGUCACUUGUGUGAAUUCUGGAGACACAAGAGUUUGUACUAUUUCGUAGGAGUAGUUGUUGCACAGGUCCUUGUUCAAAACACAUGUAUCAGGCGACCUGAAUGAGACCCGGCUCAAUGUC